AUGUCAACACCAGCCACGCGCCCUUGGCGCGCUGCUGGUACGGGGGAGAAGACAUCAGCAGUGGGUGGUCAUCUACCAGACAUCGCUGCUGGCAGUGUUGCCACGUCAGCUGAGCCAGCCACCGUCAAGGAGGCGCUUGCCUCGCCAGACUCCGAGGAGUGGCGCCAAGCCAUCCUGGACGAGUUUGCGGCAAUGCAGGCCAAUGACGUCUACGACGUCGUGCCUCGCGCUGACCUUCCCAAGGGCCACAAGCUGCUCCGCAGCAUGGUCAUCUUUCGGAGGAAGCGCGAUGACCAGGGCAAGGUGAUCAAGUACAAGGCGCGCUGGGUUGCCAAAGGCUACUCCCAGGUCCACGGUGUCAACUACACGGACACCUUUGCCCCGACGGCUACCAUCGCAGCCAUCCGCACCAUGCUCGCCAUGGCCGUCGCGCGUGGCAUGGACAUCCAGCAGAUGGACGUCAACACGGCGUUCCUCAACGCGCCCGUGGAUCACGAGAUCUACGUCCAGCCACCGGCCGUCGACGGCAUCUUCUCGCCGAAUACGGUGCUGCGCCUCAAGCGUGGGCUGUAUGGGCUGAAGCAGAGCCCGCGCCUGUGGAACCACACGCUGGACGCCUGGAUGCGCGAGCAGGACUUCGUCGCCACAGCCACGGACGCCUGCAUCUACCGCCGCACCUGCAAGGGUGGCAAAGUGAUGUGGGUUGCCGUCUACGUGGACGACCUGCUCAUCUUCGCCGACAGCGACAGCGACAUGGCCGCGUUCAAGAAGGCCAUCUCCAAGCGCUUCAAGAUGAAGGACCUGGGCAGCCCAGACAUAUGUCUCGGCAUCAAGGUGCAGCACAACCGCAAGGCCAGGACCGUCACCAUGAGCCAGGAGCACUACCUGCGCAACGUGCUGGAGAGCUUCGGCAUGGCUGACUGCAAGCCUGUCGGCACGCCGCUCUGCACGGGCUACGUCGACAAGCCAGCCGACAAGGAGGAGCCACUCCCGGACGUGCCGUUCCGCGAGCUGCUUGGCUCCCUCCUCUAUGCUGCGACGAUGACGCGCCCAGACAUCUCAGCGGCUGUCUCCAUCCUGUCUCGCCGUAUGCAGCACUUCGGCAUGGACCAUUGGAAGGCUGCCAAGCACCUUCUUCGCUACAUCAAGGGCACCUUGUCCUACACCAUCAAGUACGCCGCCACUGGCGACACCAGCAACGGCAGCACUGCCGACGGCGUGCUCUCAGCGUACUCGGAUGCGUCGUUCGCCUCCGACGUUGACACGCGACGUUCCCGCACGGGCUUCGUCGUCUUCUGUUCCACGGGCCCCGUGUCCUGGAACUCCAAGCUGCAGGCCACCGUGGCCACAGCCUCCGCCGACGCGGAGUACAUGGCUCUCGCAGCCACCGCACAGGAACUCAUGUUCCUUCGCCAACUCCAGGAGGAGCUCACCGGCGCCGUCCUGUGCGAGCCCACGCUCGUCCACACGGACAACCAGCCGGCGCAGCGCGUUGCCGAACACGCCGCCUCGCGCAUGCGGCACAUCCUCGUCAAGUACCACUACAUCCGCGAGUGCGUCGACACAAAGAGGAUUGUGCUGAGCUACCUCGCCACGGAGCAUAUGAUCGCAGAUCUUCUCACGAAGAUCCUCCCUCGGCCCAAGACGGCUCAGUUCUGCACGAUGCUGUUCGACCAGCGUCCUCUGCCAGGCUGCCAGCCACGGGCCCGUCCUCAUUCGGGCCGAACGUCAACGCAGCAGAGAGGCUACCCCCUUCUCCUCUUCACCAACGGAGAAGCAGACGUCAACGCCGGCCAAGGAUGGGCCCGGCUCAAGGACCACUACGCUUCGCAGGACCGCCUCCGCAUCGCAGAGCUCAAGGAGGCGCAGCUUCACGUCCCCUGCGGCAACCUCGCCCGCUUCUUCGAGCGACACAUGGAGCUGCAGCAGCAGUUGCAGGACGCAGGCGUGCGCCAGGACAACGAGGACCUCUUCACCAUCGUCUGGAAGCAGCUGCCACGCUGGACAGCCCCGCUCACGCUUCCCUACUUUGCCAGUGGCCGCUUUCCCUCCCUCCUCGAGCUCAGCAUCAGGCUGCAGCAGCUGGAGCAGCAGAUGCGUGGUUCACGCACACAGCCGCAGGCAGGCGGCUUCAUGGCAAGCGCACCGGCACGCAGAGGUGGAAGACGCGGCUUCUCAACAGCAGCAACAACCACGGACGCCAGGGGAGGCAACAACGGGAGGUAA